UCAAAAAGAUACUUAAUGAUAAUAUCUUGAAAUUCAAAUGAUAACACGACAGAAACCUAGAAUGAGUCCAGGUCGGGAAAGGAAAAGAGCCAAAACAUGGGCAUGUGAAAUUUUGACAGCAUCCUUUAUCGCUAAUUUGUUCUGUUUGUUUCAUUUUCACUAGUGGGGGUAUGGCUCCAGAGUACCAAUCCCAUGGUCAAUUAACCGAAAAGGCAGAUGUCUAUAGUUUCGGUGUCUUACUGCUGGAGCUAGUCACUGGAAAGGAAAACAGCUUAGUGUCUAUUACACGGAAGCAUUUCAAGCAAGGGACAGCGGCAGAAAUAUUUGACCCGAAUCUAAUGAUGCAUGUUUAUCCUAACAUCAAUUUCCAAAAGGAUGCCAUAAGAGUGGUACACAUACGACUACUUCGCAUUCAAGAAGAUCCAUCUUUAAGACCAUCCAUGUCAAAGGCCCGUAGAAUGUUAGCAAAAGAUGAUGAAUUGCUACCUAAGUAGUUAAGGACCAAAAUUUCGGUGUUUCGGUCAAGGAUGGGUAUACGAAGUCUCGGUAACUUCGGUGGAAUUUCGGUAAUUUUAAUAUUAUGUAAAAUAUUAUAUAUAAUUAUAUAUAUACCAAAAAAAUCACAAUUAUACACAGAUAGCAGUUAUAUUAAUUGAAUACUUAAUCUAAAUAUCAAAAGUCAA